AUGAAGGUCGUGGCCCUCGUCAGUGGGGGCAAGGACUCAUGCUUCACCAUCAUGGAGGUCACGCGAUUUGGCCACGAGGUGGUUGCCCUGGCCAAUCUGCUCCCCAUGGAGGAGGGCGUCGACGAUCUGGACAGCUGGAUGUACCAGACCGUGGGACACCAGGGUCUGGUGUACCAGCACAAUGCCUGUGAGAGUGACGAGGUGGAGGACCUGUCCUGCCUGCUGGCAUACUGCAAGGACCGAAUCCCCGGCCUGCAGGCGGUGUGCAGCGGCGCCAUCGCCUCCGACUACCAGCGCACGCGGGUGGAGAACGUCUGCGCCCGCCUCGGCCUGGUGUCUCUGGCCCCGCUCUGGCACCAGCCCCAGUCCACCCUGCUGCGGAGGAUGAUCGACGGCGGGGUCGAGGCCGUCCUGGUCAAGGUGGCUGCCGCGGGCCUCAGCGUGGCUCAGGACCUGGGGGCGCCCCUUGCCGAAAUGGAGGAGAAGCUGCAUGCCCUCAGGAGAAAGUUCGGGUGCAAUGUUUGCGGCGAGGGCGGGGAGUACGAGACGCUAACCCUGGACUGCCCCGCCUUCACCCGGGGCCGCAUCGUGCUGGACGCCUGGGAGGCGCGCGUGUCCAGCGCCGACAGCCUGGCCCCCGUGGCAGUUCUUCACCCCACCGCCUUCCACGGCGGCCCGGCCGCCGACGCCGCCACCCUGCACGCCUGCCUGGCAGCCGCCGGCGCCGCGCUGGAGGCGCGCUGCCCUGGCGGCUGGAGCGCGGCGCUGUAUGUGCACCUCUUCGUCCCCGCCAUGGCCUCCUUCGCGGCCGCCAACGCGGUGUACGGCGCGCACCUCCCCGUCGUGGCCCCGCCAGCGCGCGCCACGGUGCAGCCGCGCGGUGCCGGCCUGCUGGUGGAGGCCGUGGCGCACGCCGGGCUGGUGCGUUUCGCGGGCCAGAUCGGGCUCGACCCGGGGAGCAUGGGAGUGGUGCGGGGCGGCCUGCGCGCACAGGCGGCGCGCUGCCUGGCCUCCUGCGUGGCGGUGGGCGUGGCGCAGGCCACGCGCCUCCACGCCGCGCUGCUCUGCGCCACGGUCUUUCUGGCGGAGGGGGCGGGGGGGCAGGGCGCUGCGGAUCCGGUGCGCGUGGUGGGCGACCUUCUUGCUGGCUUCCUGGCCGACGGGCGGAGCGGGUGGGCGGAGGAUGAUGGUACGGCGGGCGGGGCAGAGGGCGGCGUGGGGGGCGGACCAGUGACCGGACCGACUGCCGAGGGAGGCCCCGCCUCGGCCCCUGAGGGCCGAGAUGGUGGGCGACUGGUGUGCGCCUCCUCUUCUUCGUCAGCGUUGGUCGACGAGGCAGGCAGCAUGAUGCAGACGUGCCGCGCGUCGCUUUCAGAAGACGACAAGGAUACAGGUUCGGUGCCAUUGGAUGCAUACCUGGAGCCGCCCCAGAUGCCGCGGCGGCACUGGCAGCCCCUCAUCACCUACAUCACCCUGCCCCAGCUUCCGCGAGGGGUGCUGUGCAUGGCACAGGGCCUCGCCUCCCCCGGGCGCAUGGCGCAGUGGCAGGUCUGGCUGCCGGCCGGCGCGCCGCUGACACGCGCCGGCGCCGAGGCCCUGGCGACCGCGGCACGGGACGGUCUGCGUCGCAGCACACUGAAGGAGAGCGACCUCGUCUGGGCGCGCAUCUAUGCCAUCGAGGUCGGCGAAGCGGGGGUUUGGCCGGACGUGGAGCUCGCCGGGGCGGCCGUUCCCGUCAUCCAGGUGGCGCGGCUGUCCUUGGCCCGGCCGAGCAACGGCCGGGGUCACGCACUGGAGGAGGCAGGGGCAGUCCUGGAGCUCUGGGCGGCAAGGGGCCUGUGA